AUGCACUAUAUUAGUUUUAUUCUACUUGUUACACAAAAUUUUUAUUUUAUUGAACAAACUCAUGGUCAUGGUUAUUUAGCUGAUCCACCAGCACGUAGUUCAGCCUGGUUAUUUGAUAAUGAUUUUAAAACAUGUUGUACAUAUUAUGAUCAUGUACAAAUGUUUUGUGGAGGAACUCAACAUCAAUGGACUGUUAAUGGUAAUUAUAGUUGA